AUGUCGGCCAACUAUUGGGAAUCAACUCAGAGACGUCACUGGCAAUUCACCAAGGAGCAGCUGGAGUCGACUCGCCAGAAACUGGAAGAGGAAAAUGCCGAACUCGUUCGCAUGUUCCCCUUGCCCCAGAUUAGGCACCUCUAUAUCUACUUCAAUCAACAGAUUAUCAAGCUCAGCAAGAAGAUAUCGGUCCGGCAACAAUGCAUCGCAACUGCCCAAGUCUACCUCAAGCGUUUCUACACCAAGGUCGAGAUCCGCCGGACAAACCCAUACCUCGUUGUCACGACAGCCGUCUACCUCGCCUGUAAGAUGGAAGAAGCACCACAACACAUCCGAAUGAUUGUCACCGAGGCGCGAGCAUUAUGGUCUGAAUUCAUCAGUCUCGACACCUCCAAGGUCGGCGAGUGCGAAUUCUUUCUCAUCAGCGAAAUGAGCUCCCAGCUACUCAUCCACCAACCAUAUCGUACCCUGACAUCCCUCAGGAGCGAGUUGUCCAUGACGGAUGAAGAUGCGACACUGGCAAAGUCUGUCAUCAACGACUCCUACAUGACCGAUCUACCCCUUACGACAAGUCCACACAUUAUUGGCCUCGUCGCAAUCCUCCUGGCACUGGUGCUGCGUCCCAGCCCAGGCAUACCUGGACAGAAUAAUGGUGCUGCCGUAGGGUUGGCAGCUGCCCAGGCCGCGCUCAGCCAAGCGCAAGCCCGAGUCAAUUUUGCUGCCGGCUCAGCUGGUUCUAUUCCUACCAGUUCUGAGAUCCCUAAGGACAAGCCCCAGGACACCCGGAUUUCCCGGCUGCAGCAGUUCGCCUCCUGGCUGUCAGACAGCCGGGUAGACAUCACAGCCAUGGUGGACGCAACGCAAGAGAUCAUAUCUUUCUACGAAUGCCAUGAACAUUAUCAAGAUAAGUUGACUAAGGAGCAAAUUAAUCGGUUUGUCAAGGCUCGUGGCCUGGACAAAUGA